CAAUACGUCAUCAGAAUGAAUGCAUUCUUGGAUCUUUAGCUAGCUAGCUAGCGCUGGGAUAAUACUUGAAGACGAAGUAUAAUAAUUUUUGCUAGGUCUAUAUAAUAGAGAGAGAAAAUGGGGAGCAAAGGAAGCAAGCACUCUAAUGUCGAUGUUGAGCAGACGGAUGGUGCAGCUGGCAACUCCACAAUGGCCAGGGCCAUCGCUAAGGGCAGGGUAUAUAUAAUCAUCUCCUAUCCUAACUCUGUGAUUGGAUACGAAGGGGUUGCAUUCAACGACAGUCAGUUUAGGGAGCUGCUGAUGGCACUGCAGGAGCAACUAGCUGACUUUGAAGUGAUAGUCGAUGCCGGAAAAGUGGAUCGGUUCUGUGAAUUCGUGACGUGUCACAAUAGCAACGACCCGAACAAGCUGGUCUCCAAACCGAGAGUUCUGGUGGAGGUCUUCUACACGGGGGUCUAUGCUGGUAUUGAGAAGAAAAAGAUACAGUCAACCGUACAGGAGAUGCUGGACCCUCAGAGCUACUGCUUUAUUGACGUGCGGUGUGAGAUGGGACGUUACCACACGACCAACCACUUAGAGACAUUGCUUAGAGUAUGAACUUCCCGUCGCCUAUUCAUCAUCUGACCUGAUUUUCAGAACUCUGCCUCGAUUCAGGACUCGUGUUUUCUUAAUUUUGUAUAUACAUGUUUGCGUGUACCUGAUUGUACUUUCUGUUUCAGUUAGGUUUAUUUAUACUAUUUGUUAUGUCCACCAAAUUUUUGUUUGCUAUGCAGAUUUGCUGUUCGUGGAUAAUAAUGAUCUUAUUAGUC